ACCUUUGCUCAUAUUUGAAAUAGGAAAUUAUCCAUCCAUUAUAAAGCCUCAGAUUAUGGUUCGGAAAAUGAAAAUGUAAUGAAAACUUAAAUCUAUGCUGGGGAAAUUUUGCAUUCUAUGAUAGAGAUUUUUUUAAAAGGUGUAUUUUCGAUUGAUGUAUUCUUGUUUUGACAAAAUGUAUUUUGAUGAUAAAACUGGAAAUAACAGUAUGUAUUGUAAUGCCAACAUUCAAGCUUCAAUUUUUCUGUUUUAUUUAAUCUAAAAUGUCACCGUGUUAUUUUCCUCUUUUAUCUUCAAACACAAGUCACAUUACAGUAUGCAAAUGCAAUAGGUGUUCAGAGUGUUUUUGCUGCCAUCUACUGGAAGUAUGGAUUUGAAUGCCUGUUACAGUUGCUUCAAAAUGAUAAAUUUCCAGAUUAUUUACCAAUGGCUUCUGGAUCGUGCCAUGUCUGCCCGUUUAACAUGUUUUAACUGUAUGCCUACAAGUAGCCGAGUUUUGAAACGUUUUGCCGGAAGUUACUGAACCUUGUCGAGCCUUUUCGGAACUGACAGAGUUGAGCCGAACAGUGCCGGUUAUAGAUAUCAUAAAUAUAAGACUAGAUAGAAAAGCGCGGUGUGAGCCGAUGGCGACGGGCGCUUUGGCUCUUGUCGGCCAUUUAAGAGCAGGCUUAUUCGCAUCACGUAAAAUUAAAAUCGUCGAAGCUCGUACCAUUUUCAAACGGCUUUGUUUUCAUAAACGUUAAGAGAUGCAGUAAUUUUACAAAAUACUUAAAAGUAAUAACUUUUUUCAAUGUCAAUAUCCAAUCUGGAUAAUAGCCAGCGCGGCUAUUUUUUAAAUAUUUGAAACAGUUUAAAAAUCCGUUAAAAGCAAAUUUCGAGUAUUUUAGUAGAGUAAAUCACCAAAGGUCCUGUGAAGUUUUCUGUUACAAGAUGGUCGCCAAUUAGUUACCCCGUCGACUCCAUCGUAGGAAAUCUAGUCAUAUAUAUGUUGUUGACAAUCGACGCCAGAGGCGUUCCCGGCUUCCCGCCCGUGGAAUGCUGCUUGUUGUGUUUUGGUUAGCUAGACGGGUGGCUUCGGCUCACGUUUUCUCUGUUGUAGCCGGCCGGUCGGCCGUAGCAAUAAUGGCCCGCCAAUGAGGCGGGGAAACCGGCUUGUGUUUUCUGCGUAAACGCUGGAAGACCAUGGCGGGGGUCUUCGACAUCGAUUUGGACCAACCGGAUGGAAACGUGUCCGACGACGAUGUCGAAGACGAGGACCAGAUCAGUGAAUAUAUGGAUCAAUGUAGUGGCUUUGAAUUCAACAUCAAUGACUGUGAAAAGUUUGAAAUUUCCGAGAACAGUGUGAACCAGGGAACCGAGCAGAUCAAGCCUGAGUGCUUCGAGUUGCUGAAGGUUUUGGGAAAGGGUGGCUAUGGAAAGGUUUUUCAGGUUCGUAAGGUUUCUGGUUCCACUUCUGGGAAGAUAUUUGCGAUGAAAGUUUUAAAAAAGGCCAUGAUUGUUCGCAAUGCAAAGGACACUGCACACACCAAAGCUGAGCGUAACAUUCUGGAAGAAGUGAAGCAUCCUUUCAUAGUAGAUCUUAUAUAUGCCUUCCAGACAGGAGGAAAGUUGUACUUAAUCCUGGAGUAUCUCAGCGGUGGGGAGCUUUUUAUGCAACUGGAGAGAGAAGGCAUCUUUAUGGAAGAUACGGCCUGUUUUUACUUGGCGGAGAUUUCAAUGGCACUGGGUCACCUGCACCAGAAAGGCAUCAUCUACAGAGACUUGAAGCCUGAAAACAUCAUGCUCAACAAUAACGGGCAUGUGAAGUUGACAGAUUUUGGCCUGUGCAAAGAGUCCAUUCAUGAUGGGACAGUCACCCACACCUUCUGUGGUACCAUUGAGUACAUGGCUCCAGAGAUCCUAAUGAGGAGUGGCCAUAACAGAGCAGUGGACUGGUGGAGUCUGGGGGCUCUCAUGUACGACAUGCUAACAGGAGCACCUCCUUUUACCGGCGAAAACCGAAAGAAGACCAUUGAUAAAAUUUUAAAAUGCAAACUUAGCCUCCCGCCUUACCUCACUCAAGAAGCAAGGGAUCUCCUCAAAAAGCUUUUAAAGCGAAGCGCCUCUAUGCGGCUGGGGGCAGGGCCAAAUGACGCUGCGGAGGUUCAGGCCCACCCUUUCUUCCGCCAUACCAACUGGGAGGAACUCCUCGCCCGACAAGUGGAGCCCCCAUUCAAACCUUUCCUGCAAUCUGCCGAUGACGUCAGCCAGUUUGACUCCAAAUUCACCAGCCAACCUCCGGUGGAUAGUCCGGACGACUCCACACUCAGCGAGAGCGCCAAUGAAAUCUUCCUGGGUUUCACAUACGUGGCUCCCUCGGUGCUGGAAAACAUCAAGGAGAAGUUCACGCUUGAACCGAAACUGCGUUCGCCUCGCAAGUUUCCGGGAAGCCCGAGGACGCCCGUCAGCCCGGUGAAGUUCAUGCGGGGUGACAGUUGGCCGUGGGGAUCUGCGGAACAACCCAUGGAGGUGUCAGGAACAGAGCAAACGGACACCAGCAGCGGCAGCAGUGGCGCGUCGGAAGCCUCAGCGCCACUGCCCAUCAUGCGGCCGUCCAGCGUGAGCACGCCACUUUACAAAAAUCAAGUCUACCCUCUGAACUCCAAACGACCGGAACAUCUCCGGAUGAACCUAUGACGCUCGGCAGCUUCCUCCUCACUUUUUAUUCACCACCUCGGCUGUUAACAUCAUCAACUCUUCCACCUCUUGGCCUCAUUCCAAAUCAAAAUCAAGCCUUUACUUCUUGGCUGUUGCUACAGUGUCACGGUGCUCUACUUUUGUUUUUUAAAUUCCAAGUCAGUCUUUUUUCUUACGAAGCAAGUUAUUCUUAUUCAUGAUGAACAAUCAUACAUUUAAAAAGUGUGACUAAGUUGACUGUUAAAAUGUCUUUGUCGAAUGUAAAAAUAACCUCAGUGCGCGUAAGCCAAAAACAACAUUUAUAUUGAAAAAAAAAAAAUACUCAUGCUGGCCAAGAAACCUCUCCCUCAACAAAACUCAUUCAUUUAAAAUAACUCAGUCCUGUCACGCUCAUCAAGAGAACGUACACGUAAAAAAAUCAUUUACAUUAAAAAUACUUACUCAAAAAUGCACUCACGUGCAACAAAAAACUCACUCAUCCAGAAAACUCACAUACAUUUAAAAGAAAAACCUAAUUUACACUGAAAUCGUGUUCCAAACACACCCUUACCAAAGUCUACCAGUCUUCCAUUCAUCAAAAAAAAACUUGCAUACACUUAAAAAACUCAUUUACACAGGAAAGAAAAAUUGCUAGUAAAGCACUCUCACAAGCAUAAAAAACACAUAAUAAAACCCUCAUAUACACUGAAAAAAAUUGUUACAAAAACCCCUCUCCCACUCAAGAUAACUCGCAAACCCUUUCGAAAAUUAAUUUUCACUGAAAAUCUUGUACCCCCCCCAAAACUUUUCAGGGUAUUUACAUACACUUAAAAAAGUAUACCUCAUUUACACUGGAAAAUACUUCUAUAAAACCCCUCUCACGCUCAUCGCAAAACCUGACACUCAUCAAGAAAUCUCUCAUGCACACUUUAAAAAAAAAAAAAAAACACUCACACACUCUGGAUCAAGAUAACUGACACACACACUUAGAAAAACUUUACGAUUAAAAUCUUGUCACACUCAUCAAAACAGACAUUACACUGAUCAUGAACGCUCUCACAUUACUUGAAAGGGGGAGUUCAGAAUGUUUGACAUUAGGCUUAAUCUUCGGGGAGUUGAUUUCAACAAAUUUUGUGCAAUUAAUUAGUCACUUAUUAGUUUCGAGGCUCCGAAGUGGCUAAGCUAGCGCGAGUCAAUGGGCCUGUCCUAGCAUGCCAAUUAAAAAAACAACAUGAACUCGUGAAAACUACAGAUGACCCAUGCAAUAAAUAGUGUUGGCUAUGUUUUCAGGAUGAAGUUAUUAAAAUGUAACUAUUGCACGUCAAUAACUGUAGCAUGAACAGCAACAUUUGUAAUCCAGCAGCUCUGUAGGUAACCGGCUACAAAGCAGAGUGAUAUCAUUUCCAGCGGUGUGUUUAUGUCAUUGCCAGCAGGAAAUAUCCACAGUUUGUAUUGUUCCUCGUUCUCCAUAGGGAAUUUGUGGAAACUCUUAUUUGCCCAUUUCUUCUGUCUGUUUCCACAGCUUCUAAAUGCAUGUUUCACGAUGUUGCGGUUCUUCAGUCAAGACUCUGUAGACUGAUGCUGCAUUCGUGGAUGGUGUGAAGUCGGAGUCUCCAACUUCCGACCAGGAAAAAUAACAUUGGAACGCCACUUGAACUAGGAGGCAUUAGUCGACAUUCGACAAAAUGUGCUGCCCGUCGAAAACACUGUCAGUGUAAAACUAAAUAAGGCAGUUUACGGUGUGGUGUAUUUACCUUAGCCUACUCACCAACAUCACAGAAUGACGUGUCGCUGUAUCCGGCUGCCAUAUUGUCCGUCAUUGUUUAUCCGUAUUCUCAAUGGUUUCAAUUUGUCGUGCAAUUUGUAGUGCACUUCAUGGAAGCCCCGGUGCUUUCAGACGCAGUAAACUCAUUGGUUGCGUUGCAUAAAAGGCGUUAUGUGGAAAAGCUUCAGUCUAUCCAUUCGCCAGAUCCAUAUUUGAUGCCUAAAUCGAUAUUUUUCGACCCGCUGUCUUCGCCCUCUCUGCCUGACAUCUGCUACCCUGAUAUCUACAACUAUCUUGUCCACACAAAAUCAGCCUAUUCUCACGAAAGUUUGAAAAACUUUAAGAGCAGCACUCUAAGCAACAUUACCCCGUGUGACCCUUCGAAUUUUCUAAAAUGGCGACAAUCAAUAAAAAAAAAAGUUGACUGCGAUGGCCGACGCUUUAAGGAUAGGUGGAUAUUGGACUAUUUCUUCAAUAAAACACGCAACAACUAUGUCUGCCUCAUUUGCAAAGAGACAGUCGCUGUUUUCAAAGAGUUCGAUGUGACGCGAUAAUGAUAUUACCGAACAAGACACGCUGACAUGUACGACAACAUUACAGGGAAGAUACGCAGCGAGAAAUUAUAGCAACUUGAAGCUAAUUUAAUUUCACAGCAGCAGUAUUUCGCAAGAGCCCGAGUGUCGAAAGAGAACGCCACAAAGACGAGACUGUUGAAAUUAUGAAUUAAAAAAAAAUAAUAAAGCAAAUGUGACACACAGAAGGGCUUGCUAAAAUUUGUUUAAAUAUAUUGUUCUAUGUAAAUCAGCCAAGGUAGCCCCCCGCAUUUUUACCACACCAAAUCUGGCCCCCUUUGGAAAAGGUUUGGACACACCUGUUUAACUGAUGAUCCGUAGACAAGGCCAGCUUCUUUCACUUGGUACCAGCUAAAUAUUAUUCAAAAUGUAAUGAUGGUGGAAGAAAUGAGCAUCUUGAAUUUGAAACUGUAUGUUGUCGGCGACUAGCCUCGCAAUGAUCUUAAUUGUGGUUGUCUGCCCAAAACCCUCUAAAUAUAUAUUAAAUGCAUCUUACCAGAUAUAAAAUGACUACUACAUAAUCUGUGGUAAUCGUUUGGAGCCCAGUUUUCUCGUCGAAUUGCAGCAGUCAUCUCGCUCUCCUCUCCGGGUCUCUCGGAAUACGGUAGAACUUCAAGUCUCUCCGUCUAUCUUCUCUGUUAUUGCAACCAACCGCCACACACGCCUUCACCAUUUUGAUUAUUAAUGUUAACGAGCAGAAAAACACGCCAUAAUAGGAGGAAUUUACGUAGCGGGAUUGCGUCAACACGACGAGUUGACGGACAAUAUGGCGCGGAGGCGUGGUUGUGACGUCAUGUGAGUAGGGUCUAUAGGAUAAGUGAUUGGGAGGGGUGGAGUGUACACAAAUCAGCUCUGUGGUCUAGAAACCAGUAAUCGUGUGAAUCCCUUGUGAGUGUAAGGCCGUCGGCAACCGACUCCACGCCACCCCAUCACCAAUCCCGGCACCGGGCCCCCCCACCCGAGCGCACCCAAUCACAUUCAGCCGCGUGCGAGCCCCACCAAACACGUGACAACCACGUGGACGGGCGGAGGUCUUUUGAUGGCCAAAAUAAAAAAUACUUUGAACGUCGCAAAUGGUACCAUCCGAGUGGGAUAAGUCUGACUUCCCACCUUCCUUGAAUGCAGCAUGAAAACGAGUGGCCGAAGCACUCCUCUCUAUUGUGGCCACAUUACGCACCCAAAAAAAAUAGCGCUGCAGAAAUAAAUGAAUUACGGCAGUUUGGUGUGAAAUUGUUUUGGCCGCAUGGGUAUUUUGAACAACGAUCUGCAUUUUGAAUUUAUUUGAUUUUGUUAGAGCUGUUAAUAUCAUUUUUUAUUGGCAUGCUAGGAAGGGACCAUUGACUCUUGCUACCUUAGCCACUCCGGAGCCCUGAAAGUAAUAAAUAACUAACAAACUGCACGGAAUUUGUUGAAAUCAACUCCACCGCCUAAUUUAACCCCCGCUAACUCGAAGAUUAAGCCUAACAUCAAAAACUCUGAACUUCCUCUUUUAAAAAAAAAUGGCUGCCACUGACGGCGCUAGACAUCCAAUUCAUUUUGACUGGAUUGGACCGUCUAGUGUCGUCAGCGGCACUGAAACCACAGCAUUCACAGCCAGUCUUUUUUGGGGUGCAUUUACAGGUCACUUCCUGUUCAUUUUAGGGCAUUUACAGAUUUGUUUCCUGUUGAUUUUGAGUCACUUCCUAUUCAUUUAGGGACAUUCUUGAGUAACUUCCUUUUCAUUAACCUAAAUGUUCAUUUGCUGCCACCCUCCUACUUUAAACGGAUUGGAUAUUUACUAGGAAUUGACUCAUUCCAAUUCACAGCAGAAGGAUGAAAAUAGCUUGCUUUUCUGUUUAUUAGAUAUAGUCACGAGAGAGUUGAAUGUUAUUUUUGGCUUUUUACAUUUCUCAACACAGAAUGUUCUCAACAUUCGUGAACCCUGAAAUUGCUGCAGAUACAGGCUUGAAUCAGUACAGGAUUGAAGCCAUUGGAACCUUUUUUUUUCUUUUGUGACGCUUACAUUUAAAGCAACACUAUGUAACUUUUCAGUUUUGGUCGAUUUUAGCAAUGCUGGUGGACAAAGGUGUAGUAGUAGUGUUUUACCUUAAGGAAGACGGCGUUUCCCAUGGGGACCAGUGCACACCUGCAAAGUGUCGUAAAAUCAAUCAAUCAAAAAUCAAUCUCCUAGCCACCUGCAGAUGGAUUUCUUUUUCCAGGGGCAGUGUGAAGGAUGAAUUGUAAUAAGGUAAUGAAUCCACUUGUGGCUAAACAAUAGCAUAUGACGGUUAGCAACCGUAUCCCACCCAAACUGGGGGGCGUCACGCCAAUGAGUGAUAGCCGUGCCAAUGUUUCUUUUUUGGAUAUCCUGGUAACCGCCCAUAUUUAUCCCCCUCAGACAAAACUUUUUGUUUCUUUUGUUGCUCUGCUAUCUUUGCAGAAUUCUCGCGAAAGCGUUCGCAUCAACAUUGUCUUUAUAAUGAAAAGAGGAAGUGGUUUAUGCCGUGAAGCAAUCAGCACAUUUGUCAGAUCAUUUGAAUCCCAAACCCUCUUCAAGGCUACUGUAAUUUUCAGACUACAAGGCGCACCUGAUUAUAAGCCCCCACCCACCAAAUUUGACACGACAAUGACAUUUGUUCAUAGAUGAGCCGCACUGGACUAUAAGUCGCUGCUGUCCUCACUGUAUUAUGAGAUAUUUACACCAAAAGAUAUUAAUUGGUAACAAUUUAUUUGACAGCGGCGACAUGAGACUGUCAGAAGACCAAAUUAACUACCAUGAAGCUUUCAACCAAUUAGAUGCAAGCCUCAUUGCUUCAAGAAGCUUCAUUUGGCUAUCACUGCUCCCUUUGGGGAGAAAGUUAACCUCUGCUGCCACCUGCUAUCAACACUGUUGUCAUCUAACAUGCCUCCUAGCAUGCAUUGCAGCGCUACAGAUGUAAACAUCUAAUUAUUUCUUCAGUUACUGUUCCAGUUGUUUCAUUAAUUGCUAGUUAUGGUAUUUGGUAACACUUAUUUUGGCAGUGGGGCCAUCAUACUAUAAUAAGACAAUCAUAAUUAUGACAGGACACUGUCCUGAGCAUUAAUGAAUGCUUAUAACAGAUGUCAUUUAGUGUCAUCCGACAAAAUGUUUCACUUUUGAAUGGGUGUAAAAGAGCAUAGCUGGGCAUAAAUAGAGUUAGUAACAUAAUUUGCCAAAUGAAUCUGUCAUAAGCAUUUGGUGAUGACCAUGAUAGUGUCAUGUCAUGUUAUAAUUACUUUAUGAUGGUCUUAUGACAGUCUUAUGACGUCACUGUCAAAUAAAUCGUUACCUAUUAAUCCAAAUAUAUCAACACAUAGGCCGCAGGAUUUAAAAUGAGGGGGAAAAGUACGGGCCUAUAGUCCUAAAAUUAUGGUACUUAGUGCCAGUGAAAGCGAUACAGACCCCCUUAAGAAAUAAAACGGUCAAGUAGUUGUCAGACAACAUAUCACCGCAAAUGUUAUGAAAAUAUUUUUAAAAUGUUGACUUACCUAGUGUUGCUUUAUUGGUUAUAACAAUUCCCAACAAAACGUGGGAGGAAAAACUGUUAAAGCAAGCCAAAUGCUUUCAAUUUUGAUUUCAAAAGAUAGAUCAGUGUUCAAUUGAUUUUCCUUCCAUCAGCGUUUAGGCAACUGUGAAUUUGGUAGCGUGUUGAUUUAGGGCUAUUGGCUCACACUAUGCAAACUAGGUAUUUAUUGUCUAGGAUUAUUUAGUGAUAAAAUGGAAGAAUGCUAGCUAUACACGCUCAUUAUGGUUUUAUUCACACUGAAGAGGUCAAAAAAAGCAACCACUAAUGCAGCUUUAAUGAAAAUUGAUUAUGAACUUCUUGUAUGAAUUUUUUUUUCCAUUUGUUUUCGUGUGUAUAAUGUAUAUUACCGAUCUUGGCUGAAACUUGAAUUUAGUUGUGCUUGAAGCAAAGGACAGCAUACAGAAGUAAGAAUUUCUGUGUUUUAAAUUGGCUUCACUAGUUCUUGAUUUGAAAGCGAUUUGAGAUCAGGAUCGCUCGCAUCUGUUUCGACACAAAAUGUUCAAAAAAUGCAAGCCUCCACAUCGAGAUGUUUUGGACAGUGAAUUCUAUGUUGAGUCUAGCUUUUAAUCACUGUUGGGCAGUGAAACGAAAUGAGUGUAAAAUGAGUGAACGGUACAUCUGCUUCUGAAGAUGUUUUUGUUUUUUUUAAUAUG